AUGGCUACCAAACACUCCCGUAACACGCCCUCCCCGUCCUCUCCCGUCCCCAACCAUGGCUCAAAGCUCUCAAAAUUCCUCCAGAAGCAAGGCCGUGACCGGUCUAAAUCCAUGACAGAUCCCACUGCUGGUGGCAGCAGUGCCAGCAUUGCAAGCUCGAGCUCGUCGAGUCUCGUCCAGCAUCCAUCAGAGCCAUCGUCGCCCAAACAAUCUACCAACAACAAUCCCAGAAAAACAAGAUUCCUGGGUGGGAAGUCAAGAGACGACAAAUCCACACCCCGCUCAUCCCAUCCUGAUAAUAACUUCGAUAGCGAACGUGAGGAUUCAUUCGACGAACCACCCGUAAUAAUUGAACCCGCAGACAUGCCUCGCACACGCGCUCGCUCAGAACGUCCCCUCAGCACCGUAUCAGACAUUCACCCCUCAGUCUCCCUCUACUCUAGCUCUUCAUCAGCCCGCAUAGCAGAUCUCCCAACAAGAUUGUCCGGCUGGCUCUCUCAUACCUUCAGCACAUCAUCCACUGAUCUUUCACUGCCUUCCCUCCUCUCUCAAUCCCAUCUUUCCUCAGCCACCGCUUCUCCCAAAGGUAAAAGCUCUGCCCUUCUUACCGCAGCAAAGCAUGGGAAAGGUCACCUAGACCGCGCAAUGCGCUUCCUCAUGGACAGCGACUCAACCCCAGAUAAGUGCUCAGAGCCAAUAUGGCUUCUGGGCGUUCAGCACCUUGGCUAUGAACCACCACCACCACCUGUCACCCCAGGUCGUCGCAGCUCAGUCGAAUCUCGUCGAUCUCCAUCAUUUCGCUCUUCUGCUUCUUCUUCUCAGACUGUCUCAGAACUAUCACAGUCGCAACCUCCCUCUGCCAAACAUCCUGGCAGUAACUGGCCCCCUGUUUUUUACGCUGACUUUACUUCUCGAAUAUGGCUUACUUAUCGAUCUCAGUUCUACCCCAUCAGGGAUUCAACUCUCUCCGCCCUCGAAUCAGAGAUGGCUGUUGCAUCGCAAGGUCCACUACCUUCGAGUCCUCAACCCAAAAGAUGGAACUGGCCCGUGGGAGGAGAAAAGGGCUGGACUAGCGAUGCUGGCUGGGGCUGUAUGUUGCGCACCGGACAAUCACUAUUAGCCAAUGCCCUCCUUCAUCUCCAUCUAGGAAGAGAUUGGCGUCGUCCCCCAUAUCCUGUCCAUACGACCGACUACGCUACAUAUGUUCAAAUUAUUACAUGGUUUUUCGAUACUCCCUCUCCCCAGUCACCGUUCAGUGUACAUCGCAUGGCCCUUGCCGGCAAAGAUUUAGGCAAAGAUGUCGGACAGUGGUUCGGACCCAGUACCGCCGCAGGUGCAAUCAAAACACUUGUACAUGCCUUCCCUGAAGCUGGUCUUGGGGUGUCUGUCGCUUCUGACGGUGUAAUAUUUCAAUCCGAUGUGUACGCUGCGUCAAAUGCGUAUAUCGGUUCUCCACGACGACAUGCAAAAGUGUCUUGGGGAGGCCGUGCUGUCAUAGUCCUCAUCGGAAUCCGUCUGGGCCUAGACGGGGUAAAUCCUAUUUAUUAUGAUACCAUUAAGGCUUUGUAUACUUUCCCGCAAUCCGUCGGCAUCGCCGGCGGGCGCCCCUCUUCGUCUUAUUAUUUCAUGGGCUCUCAAGCAGAUAACCUAUUCUAUCUUGAUCCACACCACGCACGGCCUGCGGUACCUCUCCGGCCUGCUCCACCUGCUACGGAGGCUUCCAGCUUGAUGACGCGGAACCGUUGGGAGCGCGAGACAACCCCCGAUAAUGUGUCAGAUAGGCGCACUAACCAGCGCUCGCCAACUUCGAACCACUACCGCUCGCCAACCUCGCCUUCGUCGGUUCGCACAGGAUCAUCGACGUUUUCGUACCAUGCACCGAUGUCACCUUCGCCGCUACAGCACCAACUCUCGACAUCGUCCAGUGUAGCCUCAAGUGUAUCGUCCCAACCUUACACACACUCGCAACGCUGGCAGAAUGCGAGUCUGCCUGCGUCGCCUGAAAUUAGUUCUGAUAUGGAUGUGCGUGAGCUUGGUUGGGGUGACAGCGAGGGAGCAGGAGAAGCAUUGGAUCCUAUGGCGGAACAUUAUGUGAAUGCGUAUAGCCCGGAUCAACUCAGGACGUUCCAUUGCGAUCGGGUGAGGAAGAUGCCCAUGAGUGGGCUUGAUCCGAGUAUGCUCCUUGGAUUUUUGUGCAAAGACGAAAACGACUGGUUCGAUUUCCGGAGGAGAGUCAAUGACCUCAUGCAUCGCCACAAAACGAUCUUCACCGUCCAGGAUGAGCCCCCAACAUGGCCGUCCGACUCGGACGAGUUCAUGGGGCUCGAGUCCAUUUCGGAGCCUGACGAUAUGAUGGAGGUCGAUGCGGAGGAGGGUGCGGAUGAACAAUACUUUGACACCCGUUCGCCGUCGACGUCGCCUGAUGCGAGCCUCAAGGGUGGAGGAAAGAGCUCUGAGGUUGACACUGAGGAAGACCCGAUUGGGCCGAUAACGCCUGGGCCGAGCUCAACCUCAUUUGAAGAAGACAAGGAAGGACGAGCAGGUGUUGAGGGGAAAGGAAAACGUGGGUCUGAUCGAUUUGGGGAGGACGACGAAGGAGGCGAGGGUAUUGAUGAUGAUGACGACUGGAUCGAUCCCUCCGUACCGACGCCCGUGUCCCCGACACACCCGCCCACCGCGCCGCCGAUGGAGAAGACCAAAUCAAACGGGUCUGCGAGUAGCACCAGCAGUAAAGGGAAGAGUAAGAAAGGGAAGAAGUCGAAGAAAGCUGCUGUGCCAAUUAUGAAGCCGCCCACCCCGCCCGAGCACUUCCCAUUUCCGCGCUCGUUGGAGGAGAGUUUUCACGGCGAGGGGGGGGCUGUGGAGGUGAGAGGUGAUAUCGAGAGACGGAUGAACAAUGCGCGUGCGAGGGACGGGGGACGCACGCAGAGUGGGGGCGUCAAGGGAAUCUUGACGACGGAUGAUGGGGAGUUGGUGUAGGUGACUGUUCAGCGGCUAGGGCGGGCUGUGAAGUAUCUUCUUCGUUCUUCUGCGUCUUUUUGCUCACCAAGGUCGCCUCUUUUGUUAUUUCUCGUCAAGUCUGUACGGACGUGUAUUAUGAGAUUCUGUCACUUCUUCUUUCUCUUCACUUGCCUCACUUUGUUCUUAAGGUGCCCUUCAUUUUCUCCUCGUGCCUCUUUUCCCAAAUUUCAGAACUGGACCAGUGUCAACAUUGUAACUAUGUACAUUGUCACAGUCAGUUACUGCUUUAAUAGUUAUACCCCUCUCCCAUUCUCUCACUACACACAAUACGCACCAACAUAGCGACUUGGAAGGGAAUUAUUUAAGCCACUAUACUCGUCUGAAGCAAUAAUCUUGUCCUCUUUCUCAAAGACUUCGGGAUGUUGACUCGAUGGAGGGCUUGACUUCAAAAUGGUAGUAACAUGUAAAACAAAGGAAAACAAAAAUGGCAUCUCGUCAGGAUGCAGGUUGGCUGGAGUUGAUGUUUCCGAGGUUGAGCAAAUGCUCGAGCUCUUGGAUACGCUCCUCCACCACGCUCCUUGCCUCCCGCUCCUUGAUUACAAUCCUUUCUGCUUCUCGAACCGCUUCCUCCACCACGCUCCUUGCCUCCCGCUCCUUGAUUACAAUCCUUUCUGCUUCUCGAACCGCUUCCUCUGCCACGCUCCUUGCCUCCCGCUCCUUGAUUACAAUCCUUUCUGCUUCCCGAACCGCUUCCUCCACCUCCUGUAUCUAAGGUAAAUAAAUGUUGUAGUUUGUAUUAAAUAUAAU